AUGGGGCCACUCCGCUCGGUUCACGGACAGGUCAAGGCACUAUUUGCUCAAGCCUUGCUUGAUGCCUUUCCAUCUAUACAACAAGAUGCAGCAGUCGUGAAGGGAAAUCCGAAGUAUGGCGACUACCAGUGCAACAACGCAAUGACAAUCUUCAAGGAGCACGGCACAGGCCUGGGAUUCCAGACGCCUUUGCAGGUUGCAGAAGCCAUCAGGGGAUCUCUGCCGGCUAAUGACAUCAUCGGCGAGAUCACUGUUGCACCACAGGGAUUUGUCACAGUCAAAGUACGGGAGGAAUGGAUUUGCAAGGAGGUGGGUCAAAUAGUGCUGGGAGAAGUUGAGUAUAGAGAUUUGCCCAGGAAGAGGGUUGUAGUGGAUUAUUCGUCUCCGAAUAUCGCCAAAGAAAUGCACGUUGGCCACUUGAGGUCGACAAUCAUCGGUGAAUCGAUCCGCCGGGUUCUCGAGUUUUGUGGUCACGAAGUCCACGGCCUCAACCAUGUCGGCGACUGGGGCACUCAGUUUGGCAUGCUCAUCGAAUAUAUGAAGGAAGCAUAUCCGAACUUCCAGGAACAGCUUCCAGAAGUGCACGACCUUCAGGAAUUUUACAAGGCCUCAAAGAAAAGGUUUGACGAAGAUGCGGAGUUCAAGUCUCGCGCACAGCUUGCAGUUGUUGAUUUACAAGCUGGUGGGGAGUUUGCGAGAUCAGCCUGGCAGAAGAUCUGCGAGGUCAGCAGAGUGGCCUUCAACAGGAUAUAUAGCAGGCUCGACAUCUCCAUCGAG